CGGUUUAGUGGAUGGACAUCGUAUUGAUAUCGAUAUCUAUAUUGAAAGUGAAAACUUCUGUAGACGGAAUAAAUUCAAUUAGCUAAAUUCGUUUUUAAACAGUAUCUUCUGCAGCCAGUAAGAAUAAACAAACAAAAAUCAUGUGCGGCGGUUUCACCUGCUCGAAAAACGCGCUAAUUGCGCUCAACAUUUUGUAUGUGAUGAUUGGAUUCCUGCUGAUUGGAGUGGGCGUGUACGCGCGUGCCGCCUCCAUCGUGACCAACCUGCCGAUUGUGGGUGGGAUCCUGGCCUGCGGUGUCAUCCUCAUAUGCAUAUCCAUGCUGGGACUCGCCGGAGCCGUCAAGCACCACCAAGUGAUGCUCUUCUUCUACAUGAUCAUACUGUUCAUGCUGUUCCUGAUCCAGUUCUCCAUCGCCAGUUCCUGUUUGGCCGUCAACUCCGAGCAGCAGCAGCAGUUCGCCGAGCAAGGAUGGAUGACGGUGCCCACGGAUUUGCGCAAGCAGGUGCAGGACAGCCUGAAAUGCUGCGGAUUCAAUGCCACCGCACCGAGCACAACUUCCGUGGUUCCUCCGCCAAAUGAGCCCUCGUGCGAGCUGAUCAAUCAACAGUGCUGUGCCCACUCUUCCGAGCCGGACUGUCGUUGUGAACCCUGUGGACCCCUACUGGAGGACAAGAUCGACUAUGCCUUCAAGCUGUGCGGCGGUCUGGGCAUCUUCUUCAGCUUCACUGAGGUCCUGGCUGUUUUCCUGGCGCGUCGCUACCGCAACCAACAUGAUCCUUGCUAUCUGCCCGCACGCGCCGUCUUUCCGCACGAUUAUUUAUAUUGAACAGGCUGAAAAUACAACAUGGAAGUGCAACAUUUUAGUCAAAGGGACGAAGGCUGAAUUUUAAUUCUUACAAUCGCGUUUCCUAACAAGAAUCGAAUCCAAACUGGAACAAAAGAUUAUUCUUAAUAGAAGGAGCAGUAGAAGGUGGAGGAGUUAUAUGUGUGCUCAACACUGCUGCUAUUAAGGAUAAUUUUAUUUUACUAUUAUACAUGCUUUUAUUGCACAAAGUUAUUUAAUUAUGAAACCUCCAUUGAGAUUAUGUUUAGCUGUAAUAUUUGAAUCUAAGUUUAUCUGUUUGAAUGUCCUUAGUUAGCUCUUAAUGCCUUUCUUUGCAACUCGCAACAAUCAUGAACGACUCGACGUGACUCGACCUCUACUCAAAACUACUGUACCACUACGAGACAAACAUUUCAACAACCUGAUCUUACUGUAGAACUAACAACCAGUCAACAAUUGUAACUAGCAACGUAAUAAGUAUACAUCAACCUAUAUACAAACGUAAUUGCAUUAUUGCCGUGAAGGCGUAUAAACAAUACUCUAAAUGUUAGCUGUGUGUUAAACUUUAAACUAGCGAGAAAAAAGCCCACAAAAUAACAAAAAAAAAGAGUAAUCCUCUAUACAUACAUGUCAACAAUUAUACAAGUCUAUAUGGAUAAAACCCUACACAUAAGAAAA